AUAAAUAAAAGACGACGAUCAACCUCCAAUAAGCAUUAUCAUCAAAACCGCGGCCUACUCAUAACGCCGUUUGCUCCCGUUCGCCUAGUGAGAUAACUUUUUGCACGGAAGAGUUUUGUUAGUUUCGACCGUGGUGUGUGGUACAUUUUAGGGAAUUCGGUGCGUAUUCCACACUGCCAAGAGGAUGGCCAGCAGCGAACUGAUUGUAAAUACCGGUUGUGGACCGGUUAAGGGUGCCAGCCGGACAGCACUCUACGGCACCGAAUACGUCAGCUUUCAGGGUAUACCGUACGCGAAGCCCCCGGUCGGGGAGCUACGGUUUAAGGAUCCUUGUCCGCCGGAAAAUUGGACCGACCUGUUGGAUUGUACCCGGCAAUCGGAUCCUUGCUAUCAUUUUGAUCGUCGCACGAAUGCAAUCGUCGGCAGCGAGGACAGUUUGAAGCUGAACGUUUUCACCAAGACGAUUAAACCAUCCAAACCACUACCCGUCAUGGUGUACAUCUAUGGGGGUGGAUUCGUCGAGGGAACCAGUGGAACCGAACUCUAUGGUCCGGAUUACCUUAUCGAGAAGGAUAUCGUACUGGUUACGUUAAAUUAUCGCGUCGGAGCGCUCGGGUUUCUUUGCUGCCAAUCACCUGCCGCCGGUAUUCCAGGAAAUGCCGGUUUAAAGGAUCAAAGACUCGCUCUCAUCUGGGUGCGGGACAAUAUUGCACUGUUCGGUGGUGAUCCAAAUGCGGUUACCCUGUUCGGCCAUAGUGCCGGUGGCGCUUCGGUGCAGUAUCAUACGAUUGCGGAAGCAUCGAAAAAUUUGUUCCACCGUGCCAUCAUCAUGUCGGGCAGUACGAUGUGCAGCUGGGCACUUGCACCGCAACGGAACUGGAUACAAAAGCUUGCCAAGACCAUCGGUUGGCAGGGUGAGGUAGAGGAUGAGGAAGAAGCGGCUCUGCAAUUUUUGCGUACCGCAUCGCCGGAAAGCAUCGUGGACAAUCAGGAGAAAUUGUUCGGACCACAGGAAAUACAGGAAGGUUUGCUAACACCUUUCGCACCGACGAUCGAACCCUACGAAAGCGAUGUUUGCUUCAUCCCCAGAUCACCGUUGGAAAUGUCCCGUACUGCGUGGGGCAAUACUAUCGAUGUGAUGAUUGGCGGUACUUCCGAGGAAGGAUUAAUUCUACUCCCGAAGGUGAAACCGAAGCUUCCCGCAAUGUUGCAAGAUCCUCGACUGUUCAUCGGCAAUGUGCCCUACCAUCUGAAGCUUAGUCUCGAGGAGAGGAUGGCAUUCGGGGAGCAGCUGAAGCAGCUGUACUAUCCCGACUCCACUCCAUCGUUGGACAAUUUGGAUGGGUUCGUUAACAUGGCAUCGGACCGUAUCUUUUGGCAUGAUCUGCAUCGAACCAUACUGGCCCGUGCCAACUACGCGGAGAGCGCAAAAACGUUCGUUUAUCGCUUCUGUGUUGAUUCACCAUUCUUUAACCAUUAUCGCAUACAUAUGGUCGACCCGCAAGCACGUGGCACGUCCCACGCCGAUGAGAUUUCUUACCUGUUUUCGAACAUCUUCGCAAAACCUCUGGAGCCGGACACGUUCGAGUACCGUGCCAUUCACUACAUGGUCGACAUUUUCACCAAUUUUGCCGCCAAUGGCGAUCCCAACUGUGCCAGUACUGCCAACCUAUCGUGGACCAGAGUUCCAAAAACGGCACCACCGUACAACUGUUUGAAUAUCUCCAACGCAGGUGUCGAGGUUGUGGAGCUGCCGGAAGCAAAACGACUGCAACUGUGGGAUUCUUUCUACGUGAAUGAUUCCCUUUUUUAGCAUGCACGAUAUUUUUCCACUGUUUCCACAUGAACAACAGCAAUAAAAACUAUAUCAACCGUA